AUGUCUUCUUCAGACUCUGCUGAUAACAUUUCCAAGUGGGAGGAACGUGUAUGCAUAAAGAGUGGAAGAAAGUUUUUCAAACCUAAAGUCAGUGGAUCCAUUACACAUGCUGUUGGAAUGUUUUUUAAGUCAUUUGAUGAGGCUUUUGCGUUUUAUCAGAGAUAUGCACUUGCUGCAGGUUUUUCUGCAAGAAAAAAUACCUCUUGGAAAAAUGGUGGUGGUUUAGUGAAAAUAAGAUAUAUUGUCUGUUCAAAAGAAGAAUUUCAUGUUAGCAAAGAAAUAGAUUCUGGUUCAGUUGAGAAUAGUAAAAAGAUUGUUAGACGUAAUAGAGGUUCAAAAAGAGUUGGAUGCAAUGCUCAUGUGAAAUUAAUAUUAGAGAACAAUAAUAUGUUUAAAAUCUACUACUUUGAAGAAGAACAUAAUCAUAUCUUUGUUGAAGAUGAAGAUAUUCAUUUCUUGCUGGCUGCCAGAAGUAUCGAUUAUGUGAAAGAAAGUUUUAUAUCUGGAUUGUCUGCAAUCAAUAUUGGACCUGUUAAAGCAUUCAAUAUUAUGAAAACAAUGUAUGGUGGUUUUGGUGAAGUUGGUGCUAGUAAAGUUGAUUGUAAGAAUUAUAGAAGGGAUUUGAAUCUUUACAUCGGAGAGUAUGAUGCAGAAAUGGUAGUUAGGCGUCUUAUUAGGAAGAAAGAAUGUUGUCCUGGUUUCACAUGUGAUUAUGUUAUUGGUGAAGAUAGAAGAUUGAAAGGGCUUUUCUGGGCUGAUGAGCAAUCAAAAACAAAUUAUACAGUGUUUGGUGACAUAUUUGGUUUUGAUGCUACUUAUAAAUCAACAAGUAAGUAUGAUUUGGUUUUUGUACCAUUUACUGGUAUUGAUAAUCAUUUUAGGAAUGUCACAUUUGGUGGUGCAUUACUUGGUUCGGAGACUGCAGAUUCUUAUAGAUGGCUUUUAAGGUGCUUUGUUAAUGCUUUUGGAAGUGAGCCUAAAGUUGUUGUUACUGAUCAAGAUGCUGCAAUGAAGAGACCUAUUAAGGAUGUACUUUCAAGAAGUAGGCAUAGGUUAUGUAUGUGGCAUAUAUGGGAGAAAUUGAAGACAAAGGUUGGUCCUGUUUUGUCAGCAAACACUGAUUUUAAUACAAGAAUGACUCAUGUUGUUUGGAAUGAUACUAUUAUUCCAGAAGAUUUUGAAACUGAGUGGCAUUCUAUAAUGUCUACUUUUGGAUUGGAAAAUCAUGAGUGGUUAAAAGAUAUGUACGAUCUUCGAUUUGAUUGGAUUCCUGCUUAUUACCAUGGAGAGGAUUUGGCUGGUCUUAUGCGUACUACGUCAAGAUGUGAAAGCGAGAAUUACUUCUUUGGUCAGAUUUGCAAUCCAAGAUGUACACUUGUUGAAUUUUUCACUCAUUUUGAGACUGCAAUGGAUAUUCAAAGGCAUGAGCAUAGGAGGAAUGAUCAUGAUACAAGACAGCCACGCACAUCUUUUUUCAAGGUGCAAUACAGCAAACAAGAAGAUGGUUUAAGUAUAAGUUGUUCUUGCAAACGGUUUGAACAAUUUGGUAUAUUGUGCCGCCAUAUAUUUUACGUAUUACGGUAUGAUGAUAUAACUGAGUUUCCUAGAAGAUAUGUUCAUAGAAGAUGGAUGAGAGAUGUUGUUUCAGUUGGAUCAAAUCAUUCCAAUAUUCGGUUUGAUGAAAUUGGUAGGAAUAGUGAAAUUGAGAAAGUUUAUAGAGAAAUCGUUGUUGCAAAUGAGUAUGUGGUUAAUAGGCUGGUUGGCGAUUUAGAUGAGCUGUGUCGUUACAGGGAUCAUAUUAAAAGUUAUAUUGAUAAAGUAGAUGAGGUUAUGGUUGUUUCGCCGCCUCCUAGUCGCAAAGAAAGAUUUGCUGAUAUUGGAGGGAACUUAGAAAAAUCAGAUUCUAUGAUUCGUGUCCCGAUCAAAAUAAGGACAAAAGGAUGUGGUGUACAAAAAAGGAUCAAGUCUAAUCGUGAGAUUGCAAUUCAGAAAUCAUCAAAGAUCCAAAAAUCGUGCCGUGUAUGUGGUGGAAAAGGACAUAACAGUCGCACAUGUAAAGAUAAGGUUUCUUCUAAUGCUAUAGGUUCUAGCAAUGCAAUGUAA